UAUACGCCACUUGCCACGGCGGCGAGGAUACGCUCUUGCAGAGUUGUUAACUUCUAACAAUUAUUUUAUAAGUUUAUAUAUAUAUAUAUGUAUAAGGCAUUGUUUCAGAUCGUUUUAUACAUGCGUUUUAUCUCUUGAAAACCUCUAGACAGGCUCGACCCGUCACUUGUUGUUGGACUAUGUUCUGUCAUGUCACCAUCUCUGACGUCACGCUGCUGUUGUCUGUCGUAUUAUUGAUAAGUGUGAUUAACGCUAAUGGAUUUAAAGAUGAUGAUCUGGACCCCGAGACUCCAGACUGGAGAAAGACUUUUAAAAACAUCCGGAACGGGAUCCACAAGAUAGACACGUUCCUUAAUGUGGCUUUGGACCUGAUCGGAGGGUCAGAUGGACAGUGUGGUUUCAAGUGUACUGAUGGGUACACACCAAUUCCUCGCCCUAACUACAAAUCACCUCCUCCUAAUGGAUGUGGCUCCCCACUGUUUGGAUUUCAGUUUGAUUUUGGGAUCCCAUCUAUGACCAGAUGCUGUAAUGAGCAUGAUCGAUGUUAUGAUACCUGUGGGAGGGAGAAAAACGACUGUGACGAUCAGUUCCAGGUCUGCCUAGAGAACAUCUGUGGGAAUUUACAAAAGACUCUGGGAUUGUCCCAAAGCGUACAAGCCUGUGAAUCAGCAGUGAGUUUGCUCUUUGAUGCUGUCAUGCACAUGGGUUGUAAGCCUUACCUGGAUAGCCAAAGAUCAUCCUGCAUUUGUCACUUUGAGGAGAAGACUGAUCUGUGAACAGUUAAUGUGUACAUCUUGAGGACUACUGAUUGUUUAUUACUGUCUCAGGGUAAAUAGAGUCUUUUAAUAUAUAAAUAUAAGGUUUCGCUGCUUUACUAUAUCAAAUAUAUAUAUAUACCAGCUCAUGCUGGUCAGUCGUCCAUGAUGAGUUUGGAAUUUGAUUAAACAAAGUGUGGAUGUGCCCACUGUUAGAACGGGUGGCCACCCCUAGCGCCGCCACUGGUGCAAUAUUUCAACAUCAUAAUGGUUGUAUAAAUCCGGUAAUAUUCCCAAAAUAUGAGCACUAAUCCACUGACAGAAAUUACGUGCGCAUAACCACAGAAUAAUCUGCCUGGAACAGUUGUCCCCCAAUACAAUUAAUGGUAUUUCCAAUGUUUAAUUUCAACAGAUUUAAUACACUUGUUAAACAAGAAUAAAGACUAUUUGUAAUGUUAAGUACUGCCAUGGGCCAAAAAGUCUGAUUGUAAAUAAUCUAAAUCAUUUUAAUUGAUUGCACUAGUGUAAUUUCCUCACGUCCCCAGAGCUGCAUCUUAAAUAUCUUUGACAAAAAUAACUGUUAAAUAAUCACAUUUCUAAUUUGUAUUCCACACAAUAAAGUGUCUAU